AGAAAUCCGACUGUUACAUCUUGAAACCGUUUCCGUCCUUCAUUGCUUUCCGUUUCACCACGAGCACGUGAAUACCUAAAAGUUCAUCUAGUGCCCUUAUAUACACAAACUAUCAUAACUAUUUAUUCGGUUUUAUCAAUGUGUAGCAAUAACAAAUAUUUUUAAUUUCCAAAAUGAAGAUUGAGUGCAUUUUAUGCAUCACAAUGUGUAUAGCAGGAUGCAUGGCAGGGUUUACAGACGAUAUGCAGACCAUGGAAGAAGAAUGCAUGGGUGAAGAAAAGUUUCCAUGCAUGGACGGAAGGUGUAUCAAUGAGAUACAGCGCUGCGACGGAAAAAUAGACUGCCUAGACGGAAGCGAUGAAAACUUUUGCCUGGAACAUCGGCCGGACGCGAAGUUCUGCAACGAAACGCAUCAGUUCUUAUGCCGAGACGAGAGACGCUGUAUCCCAAACACGUGGGUUUGCAACAACGAAACGGAUUGCUACGACGGGAGCGACGAGGCCAACUGUACCGCGCUGCCUGACCCUGUUCAAAAUUCUAAAUGCAAAGGAUUCCUAUGCGGCGAUGGGAAAUGCAUUUCCAAACUGUGGGUCUGCGACGGCCAGUACGACUGCAGCGACAAAAGCGACGAAUACAACACCGAGUUAUGCCAUCAUACAAAACUGUCCCACACGAUCCGCGACGGGUCGUACUGCCAAGAGUUCAAUGCUGCUGAGAGGAGCUACAAAUGUCUCGACUCGUCGUUCUGCCUGCCCGGCCAUAUGAUGUGUGACGGGACCCAGGACUGCAAGGAUGGGAGCGAUGAGGAACCAUUCUGUAUUAAUUGGCACACGAUGUGCACAAACUUCAACUGUCCUGGUAACGACACUCUCUGCUCCCCUGAACGCCACGGCCCCACCUGCCUCUGCCUCCCCGAACACACCAUGAGGCAGUACAACAACCUGACGCGGCGCUGUGAUGACGUGGACGAGUGCCUCCUGGAGAGGCCGCAGUGCUCCCACGCGUGUCACAACGAGGAUGGCCACUUCAGAUGCGAGUGCGAGGAGGGAUAUAUCAAGGAUGGGUUUGGGUAUUUGUGUUAUGCUCCAGAGCCUGAAGCCAUGUUGUUCCUAAGCACACGCGAUAGUAUACAAUAUUUGAAGGUCAAAUCCAAGGAGGUGGUUACGCUGGUGACCGGAGUCAAAAAUGCUCACGGCGUGACGUCAGAUGGCACGUUUGUGUACUGGGUGGAGACCGCUCACGGACACCAGUCCAUCUUCAGAGCCCAGCUCAAUGACGCUGAGCGGACUAAGAAGGUGAUAGUCGGUAUCGGUCUGGAAGACCCAGGGAACAUAGCAGUGGACUACGUGGGAGGUCACAUAUACUUCAGCGAUACGGAACGAGGUCUGAUCUUCGUGUGCCACUCGGACGGAGUCGCGUGCACCACUAUACAUACAGAGACUAAGAGGCCUAGAUUCGUCACGCUGGAUGCUAAAAAUGGUCGAAUGUACUGGGCGGACUUCCGCCAGCACCACCCAGUGAUAAUGUCGGCGCGGAUGGACGGCUCGGAGCCGCAGGUGCUGGUGGAGGGUCUGGCGAGCGCCGCCACGGGCCUCGCCGUGGACGCGCCCAACCAUCGCCUGUACUUCGUCGACAACACCAUCAAAGUGGUCAUGUUAGACGUCAAGCAUGUUUAUCCCUUAUUCGAGGAACCGUUCCACCAUCCGUUCUCGAUAUCCGUGUUCGAGAACACAGUGUACUGGAGCGACUGGACGUCAAAUACCAUUCAGACCACAGACAAGAUCCAUGGCAGCUCGCAGAAAAGGAAUCUGCUGUUGUCUCUGGAAAAACCUGUUAUAGGUAUGCACAUACACCACCCGGUGUUAAUACGGUCGCCCCCCCACCCAUGCCACUCACAUCCUUGCUCGCACUUCUGCUUCGUCACCUCCAGAACCAGCUACUCCUGCGGGUGUCCUGACAGCAUGCAGCUCGUCGGGAACAGCUGUAUAACGAAACCCGGCUACCGUCCUGAGUACCUGAUAGUGGGUGGCAGCCACUACUUCACCAAGAUCCAGUACGACGCCCUCAGCAAUCCAGAGAGCCACGCUACGCAGUUCAACAUCGGCAGGGUGCAGGCCAUGGCUUAUGAUAACUUGAGAGACACCCUGUAUAUCUACGAUGGACAGCGUCAAACCCUGCAGUACACAAACAUGAGCGAGUUCACACUCGGCAAAACCACUACGGCUAUCUACCACGGACUGGAAAACGUCGUUGAUAUGGAUUAUGACUAUGUGUCGGAUAACCUCUACAUCCUGGACGCGGGGCGGCGGUUUGUGGAGGUGUUGUCCCUCAGCACCCACCACCGCGCCCUGCUGCACCGGUUUGAGGAGCAGGAGAUACCCAUCGCUCUAUGUGUGGUGCCGGAUCACGGGAAAAUGCUAGUAGCAGUUGUGGAGAGCGAAGAAGACAACGCCAUCCACGUCGACAGCAUCGGACUCGACGGCGAGGGCCGGCAGCACCUCAUCAUGAACAACUUGAAGGGUCCUCACGUGCGUCUCCGGUACGAUCGAGAAAUGGGCGUCGUCUACAUAUCGGAUGAAGGCAGCGGCAUCAUCGAAAACAUACAUCCAGAAGGUUCUGGUCGCGAGACGUUCCGAGAACUGUUCACGACAGUCACGAGCCUCGCUAUAACGGAGUUGUUCGCGUUUUGGACGGACAGACGGACGCCGCGACUGUUCUGGGCUGACGUUCACAACACACAGCAUACUGUACGCAGGAUCGAGCUGUCAAUAUUCCCCAACGAUACCCAGCUCUUGAUCCAGGCGACCUCCCCACCCCCAGACCCUAAAAACCCGUUACUAAACCACCCUUGUAAAACCGAACAUCCCUGCUCCCACAUCUGCAUCCAGACAGCCUACAGCAUCUCCCAAACUCCCCACUACGGCUUCAAGUGCCUCUGCCCCCCUGGGUUGCUGUUGAUGGAUAACAAGUGUUUGGAUCUGGUACACUGUGGUGGUGAUCAGCUGUAUUGCCAUAAGAGUAACCACUGCUUCCAUAAGAGUGGGAAGUGUGAUGGCAAGCUUGAUUGUCGACAUGGUGAAGAUGAAGAAGGUUGUGAUGUUCUAUUACAACCCGAAGUUCCGGGCAACUGCAGUGCGAUGCAGUUCCAGUGCAGUUCGAGCUCGCUGUGCAUCGACCGGUCGCAGCUGUGCGACGGGCAGUGGGACUGCGCCGACGGGCUCGACGAGUCGCCCGCACACUGCGACACGCUCAUCUGCCUCGACACAGAGUUCAUGUGUGCGUCUGGUUCGUGCAUCCUGCAAACAUGGAAAUGCGAUGGGGAUCAAGACUGCAAUGAUGCGUCUGACGAAGUCGAUUGUCAAAACAUAACCUGCGCUCCUGGAUUCUACCAGUGCAAGAAUAGGGAGUGCAUUGAGCUGAAGAAGCGCUGCGAUGGGAACGCAGAUUGCUUUGAUUACUCCGAUGAGGAUCAGUGCGAUGAACCGUUCUACAUCAAGACCACGCCUCGCUGCGCUGAUUGGGAGUACACUUGCGAGCUGAACACCAGCAUAUGCUUACCGCAUACCGCCCGCUGUAACAUGAAGAUCGACUGCCCCGGCGGCACUGACGAGAGCGGUUGUGAGUUCCGAUGUGCUCCUCACGGACUGUUCGCCUGCAAGCAGCAACUGCAGUGCCUGCCCACCAAGAAGGUGUGCGACAACAAGAAGGAUUGUGUUGACGGGUCUGACGAGACGCCUGACGCAUGCGCUACAGUGAACAAGACCUCCCACCUGUACCCGUCGAUGAAGCACACGUCGGAGGAGUGCCACGACGGAUACCUCUGCGCCGACGGACAGUGCAUCGAGUGGCGCGAGGUUUGCGACAACUCGCCCAACUGUUACGACGGCUCCGAUGAAGGCGGACUCUGUUCGACGCUGUGCUCUCCGUCGCUGUGCUCGCACUCGUGCGCGCGCACGCCGCUCGGGCCGCGCUGUGUGUGCGCGCGCGGCUACCGGCCCGACGGCGCCGCCUGCCGCGACGUCGACGAGUGUCUGCAGCGCGCCUGCGCACACGCCUGCACCAACACGCCCGGCUCCUACCGCUGCUCCUGCCACCGCGGAUACGCGCUCAGAUCGGACGGGCGCUCCUGCAAAGCAUACAAAGGCAACAUGUCGAUCCUGUACGUGUCCGGGAAUACGGUGCGGUCCAUCUCGGCGGACGGGAAGAGCGCCGUGGAGUACAGCGACCCUGCGAUAGGAGCCAUCACCGAUGUAGACUUCAACGUCAGGCAGAACAAGCUGUACGUAAGCUCGGCGGAGUCCGGCAAGCUGAUGGAAAUGAACGGCACGCAUAACGUGGUCACCGUCACCAAUAUUGGACAUCCUACUAAGGUGGCCGUAGACUGGGUGACCGGCAACCUCUACUUUGCCGACAACACACCCUCAGCGAGCUACAUACGCGUCUGUAACAUCGGGAAGAAGAGAUGUGCUAGAUUGCAGAAAUUGCCGGCUAAUUCCAAGGUAUCAUCCCUAAUCGUGGAGCCAGCAUCCCGCCGCAUGUUCUACUGCGUACACCACGCAAUGGAGUCCGUGGUAUGGUCAGCAUCCCUCAGCGGGAGGCAUCUGAUGGACCUCGCACCCUCCCACAACUGCACUGGUCUCGCCGCCGACUCAUUCACCAGAAGGCUGUAUGUAGCGGAGACGGGGCCUCCGCAUAUCAUCACCAUGGAUUUUGAUGGAGGGAGUCACAAAAAGAUCCUCGCCGAACACCCGCAGCUGCAAGCGCCUCACGGACUCGCCAUCUUCGAAGACUACAUUUACUACAUCGUCGCGAACUCUUACCGGCUGAGCCGCUGCGUCCUCUAUGGGCCGAAGCACUGCGAGAUCUACAUCUACCGAGCCUUCGACCCCAACACGUUCGUCAUCAGACACGAAGCUGUGCAGAGGGACGACAUCAGUAAUGAUUGUGAGGGUGUGGAGUGCUCGAACCUCUGCGUGUUAGACGAGCACGGCCCGGUCUGCGUGUGUGAUGAUGGGAGUAUCGUUAAAGAUGGGGUUUGUGUGCUGAUGAAGAAGAGUGAGCUGCCGCUGUUCGACGGCUGGUCGCGGCAGGACUACGUGCGCGCGCACACGGCGAGCUUCACCGUCGUCGUCACCGUGCUCGUGCUGUUCGCCGUCUACGUCUGUCUCUUCGUCUACUACCACUUCGUGUACAAGCCCAGGAGGAGCCGGGCCGCGGCGUACGCUGAAGUGCGGUACCAGACGAAGACGGGUGAUGAGAGGUCUUUUAUAUGCAACCCAAAUGUUGAAGUCGAGAUAAAUAGGAACGGCAACGGCCACGAGUUUGUGAAUCCGCUGGAGUUUAUGCGAAACGCUUGGCAGCAGUCGUUUAGGGGAAAAUCUCGGCCCAUUGGUACAGCUGGCCUAUCCAUCGAUGUGUCGACAUCCCCACAACAAAACCUCUCAGAUACAGAAUCAGAUUUGGAUGACCGAGAGACAAAAAGAUUUAUUAGGAAACAAUAAUGUCAAUAAUGUUUAUUUUUUAAUAUAAUUUUGUUAUAAAAUUAUUGAUUUUAAAUUGAAUAAUUCAAUACAUAUUCUUUAUCGAUAUAUUGUUAAAGGUUUAUUGUCCUAUGUUAAUAAAUCAAAUUGUUUAUUAAAAAAGCUUGUAAGUAAAAUGAGUCAUUUAGUUAUGUUGUAACAUAAUUAAAUAGUUAUAUUUUUAUUGUUUGAAUGUUUGAUAUUAAAGAUGAUAUUUUCAGAA